AUGCGAAACCGGGAGGCGAUCGCGGACGACCUCUUGAGCAAAGUCGGAACUGUCCAAUCACAGCUUGAUUCAAUGCGAUCGUACCAAGAGGAGCUGUUGGAGUACGCGGAUAUCGCUAAACGCGUAGAAACCAACCCUCGUAAGCAGCUGAUCCUGUCCCUCGCGGCCGAGAACAAACAGAUCGAGCAGCUCAAGGUACAGAACAAAACCCUCGAGGCCUCCCUUGAGGAACACCAGAUAACUCUGGAGAUGAUCAUGUCCAAGUACCGCGAACAUAUCGCUAGCCUGAUGCAAACCAAUGAGACAGAGAAGAAAGCCAAUCAGAGGAGUCAACAGGAGAAAGCGAGUCACCGUCGCGGAAAGUCCGACGGCGAAUCUCCGACUCCUCCUCCGCCUCCUCCCGCUGGUCAGCAAGAGCGCGCUCUCGUGGACGAACGACUCGCGGUCAUGGCAGCCAUCGCGCAAGAGGUCUCGGAGCAGUCCGAGUCGUACUCCAAUGAGCUGGAGAUGGAGCUGCAUCGAUUGCGGGCGGAGAACCAGACCCUACGUGAACUCCUCGCCAUAAACACCAACACACAGCUGCGGGAGGGCAGCUCAUCGCCCCGUCCAGGCCCCAGGGGCCACGUUGCGUCCAACUUCUUGAACAACAGUAACAACAGCAGUGGCUGUGGCAGUUCCGACGAGAGUUCAACCUUCGACGUCGAGGAAAGCGUGACGACAUAUCCGUUCCGAGUCAGCGGCCAUGCAGGCGGAAGCACCGCCGCCAGCUAG